GGCAAUCCAGAGACCGUAAGCACUGAUUUUGACGAAGCCGACAGGCUUUAUUUUGAGGCCACCACUAUGGAGACUGUGCUCGACGUCUAUGAAGUUGAAAACUCCCAGGGCGUUCUAGGCGCCAUGGGUGGCCAAGGGCCCAACAACAUUGCCCUGCCCCUGUUCAGAGCUGGCGUCAAGAUGCUCGGUACCUCGCCUGAGAUGAUUGAUUCUGCCGAGAACCGGUACAAAUUCUCGCGUAUGCUUGACCGCAUUGGUGUCGAUCAGCCUACCUGGAAGGAACUCACGAGCUUCGAGGAGGCCAAGGCCUUCUGCACCAAGGUCACUUACCCAGUGCUGGUCCGCCCCUCGUAUGUUCUUUCCGGGGCUGCCAUGAACACCGUCUACUCUGAGGGUGAUCUCGAGUCCUACUUGAAGCAGGCCACCGCUGUGUCUCCCGAGCACCCUGUGGUCAUCACCAAGUACAUCGAGAACGCAAAGGAGAUCGAGAUGGACGCCGUGGCCAAGAACGGCAAGGUUGUUGGUCACUUUAUUUCUGAGCACGUCGAGAACGCUGGUGUUCACUCCGGAGAUGCCACUCUGGUUCUUCCUCCCCAGGACCUCGAGCCCACUACCAUUCAGCGCAUCGAGGACGCCACCCGCAAGAUUGCUGAUGCUCUCAACAUCACUGGUCCCCUCAAUAUUCAGUUCAUUGCCAAGGACAACGACAUCAAAGUCAUUGAGUGCAACGUUCGCGCGUCUCGCUCCUUCCCCUUCGUCUCCAAGGUCAUGGGAGUGGAUCUUAUUGAGAUGGCCACCAAGGCUAUCAUGGAUGUUCCUUUCGAGGAGUAUCCCAAGAUCGAUCGCACUGUUGACUCGGUUGCUGUCAAGGUCCCUCAGUUCAGUUUCUCGCGCCUGUCUGGUGCUGAUCCUGUGCUGGGUGUCGAGAUGGCCUCCACUGGUGAGGUCGCUUGCUUUGGCUCCGACAAGUAUGAGGCUUACCUGAAGGGUCUCAUGUCCACUGGCUUCAAGAUCCCCAAGAAGAACAUUCUGCUGUCUCUUGGUUCUUACAAUGACAAGCUGGAACUUCUUCCCUCGGUCAAGAAGCUUGAGGAAAUGGGCUACACCCUCUUUGCCACAGCAGGAACCUCCGACUUCCUGGCAUCUCACGGAGUCAAGGCGCAGUACCUUGAGGUCCUUGGCAAGUCUGAACAGGAGGCUCAGAGAAGCGAGUACUCGCUGGUUGACCAUCUGUCCAACAACAAGAUCGACUUGUACAUCAACUUGCCAUCCAGCAACAGAUACAGGCGCCCGGCCAGCUACGUGAGCAAGGGCUACCUCACUCGUCGUCUGGCUGUUGACUACCAAGUUCCUUUGGUUACCAAUGUCAAGAAUGCCAAGAUCCUGAUCGAGGCUAUCGCCAGGCAUUUUGAGCUGGAGGUCGGCAUCACCGAUUAUCAGACCAGCCACCGUACUGUUCAGCUGCCUGGCCUGGUCAACAUCGCCGCCUAUGUGCCCGGUCUGGCUGUUAGGGACAGCGGGGAUCUCCAGAGUGUCACCAAGGCUUCGAUUGCUGCCGGAUUCAGCAUGAUUCGCGUCAUGCCCCUUGGAGAGGGUGAAGGCAACUCGAUCACAGAGGCAAAGUCCCUCAAGAUCGCCCAGCAGAACAGCAAGCGUGGUGGCUAUUGCGACUUCAACUUCUCCGUCACCGCUACCUCUGACAAUGCUGACAAAAUCAGCCUUCUGGCCGGUGAAGUUGGCUCUCUGUUCAUUCCUUUCAACCACAUGUCCGGAAAGAACAUCAGCAAGGUUGCUGCUGUCCAAGCACACUUUGAUGCCUGGCCAACUCACAAGCCCAUCAUCACGGAUGCUCGCACCACCGACUUGGCCUCCAUCUUGCUGCUUGCCAGCCUCCACAACCGCCGCAUUCACGUCACCGCUGUCACCACCAAGGAUGACAUCAGAUUGAUUGCUCUUUGCAAGGCAAAACAGAUGAAUGUCACGUGCGAUGUGUCCAUUUAUUCCCUGUAUCUGUCCCAGGAUGACUAUCCUGACUGCAGCUUCCUGCCCAAUGCCAGGGACCAGGCUGCUUUGUGGCAGCACCUUGCCACCAUCGACGUCUUCUCUAUUGGAAGCCUGCCCUACCAGCUCGCUCAAAAAUUGGGGAAGCCAACUGAUGCCACUGUUGGCAUCGCCGAUGCACUCCCCCUCCUCUUGACUUCGGUUGUCGAGGGCAAGCUCACUAUUGAGGAUAUCAUGACACGUCUCCAUGACAAGCCCAAGGAGAUCUUUGAGCUCCACGACCAGAUUGGCACCACUUUGGAGGUCGAGGUUGGCCGCACCUACACCGUCCCUGAGACCGGCCCCUGGUCUCCCUUCGCUGGGAAGGUUCUGAAGGGCGCUGUUCAGCGUGUGACAUUCCAGGAUCAGGUCGCAUGCCUCGAUGGCGUCGCCGUGGAAGGUCCCCCCAAGGGCAAGGACAUGUCUACUCACGGAGCCAUGCCUGCCAUCGCCACCAUCACCUCUCCUGCCUUGAAGCCACUUAGCCAAGCGUUGUCCCCGUUGCCAGACUCGAGACUCCUUGCGUCUCCUGCCCCUGGCCCCUUCACAAACAAGUUGCAGCAGCUUCUUUCCAUGGAUUCCCCAUUCAGGAAGAAGCAUGUUCUUUCCGUGACAUCCUACAGCAGGCAGGACCUGCACCAUCUCUUCGACGUUGCUGAGGAGAUUCGCAACCGCGUCGACCGCCAGGGUGUCCUUGACAUUCUUCGCGGACGCCUGCUCGCCACCCUCUUCUACGAGCCGUCUACUCGCACCUCUGCCUCUUUCGAUGCCGCCAUGCAGCGUCUUGGCGGCCGCACCAUUGCCAUUACCACCUCGACUUCGUCGGUUCAGAAGGGUGAAACUCUCCAUGACACGUUGAGGACGCUUGCCUGCUACGCAGACGCUGUCGUUCUCCGCCAUCCUGAUGAGAAUUGCCUUGAGGUUGCCCCGAUCAUCCCUGUUCCCAUCAUCAACGGCGGUAACGGAAGCAAGGAGCACCCCACUCAAGCCUUCCUUGAUCUCUUCACCAUCCGCGAGGAAUUUGGCUCCAUGAAAGACUUGACCAUCACCUUUGUUGGUGAUCUCUUGCACGGAAGACCCGUCCACUCCCUUGUGUACCUCCUCAAGCACUACCGCGCCAACAACGUCAAGGUCAAUCUGGUUUCCCCCAAGUCUCUGGCCUUGCCGAAGGAUAUCUAUAGGGACCUCAAGGAAGCUGGCCAGAUUCUCUUUGAGAGUGAGAGCCUUACUCCCCAGAUCUUGGAGUCCACCGACGUGCUGUACGUCACCCGCGUGCAAAAGGAGCGCUUCGAGGAUCUCGCCGAGUACGACAGAGUCAAGAACUCUUACCGCAUCGACCAGAGCACUCUCCGUAACACAAAGCCCAGCAUGCGCGUGAUGCAUCCUCUUCCCAGAAAUGAGGAGGUUGCUGAGGAGGUGGACUUUGACCAGAGAGCCGCGUACUUCAGACAGAUGAAGCACGGUCUCCACUGCCGCAUGGCUUUGCUCGCUCUUAUUCUUUCUUAG